AUGUUGGCUCAAAGCGCUAUCAUCAAUCCCGUCGUCCCGAAGCCAUUCACACUAUCUAGAAGUGAUGGUUUCGCUCCCAGCCAGUAUGAAAAGCUAGGAGCAGAGCUCGUGCAAUGCAUGUCGGCAUAUAGCAAAGCUUUGGAGAAGGAGGGGCUUCCCGAGCCGUCUCUGUCACCCAGCAUCUCUUCAAAGGUGGUUCUCAAGAGCAACAAAGCGGUGCAAGAGAAAGCACGAAUCGCCGAGCUUGCACGCCAGAUCCUAGCAACAACGUUGGAUCCUGGAACAAACCUUAAGGUAGGAGACAACAUUACGCAACAUGGCCGAAUCUCAAGAAAGGAGCUGGCCGAGUCCCUCUCUGUGGAAGAGAGCCUGCUGGCUCGCAUCAUGCGUGUCGUUAUGACCAACUUCGUCUUCGACGAACCCGAGCCGGGCUACUAUAGCCACACGUCCAUCUCCUGGGCGAUGCAGGGCCCGGCAAUGCAUCACCUCCUUCUUCAUCGCCUGGGUGAGGGAUUCCGAUCUGCCAGUCGAGAGCCCGACGCCCUACGCCAGAGUGGAUUCCGCAAUCCCAAGCCUGGCGAUUCCUGCGGAUUCAACUUGGCUUUCGGCUACGAGGGCACUUAUUGGGAUUACAUUGCCAACAUCGACCUCGAACGUGGUGACAACUUCAAUCAGGCUAUGAAAGCUGUCACCAUCAACAGCUUAGGCGAAAUCCCGAGAUUAUAUCCUUGGGAAAGUUUGGUUGCCGACGGAGGCCUUAUUGUUGACGUUGGAGGUGGCCUUGGUCAGGUUAGCCGAAAGAUUUUGGAGGCCUUCCCUGAUUCAGGUCUCCGCUGUGUGGUUCAGGACAAACACGCCGUGUCUUCUGAUACGAGAGAUCCUCGAAGCGACUUGGAUCUGACUCUGCAACAACACGACUUCUUCAACACUCAACCGAUCAAAGGCGCUGCGGUCUACCAUCUUCGCCAUAUCCUUCACGAUUGGCCUGAUGACGCCUGUGUGGAAAUUGUGCGACAAAUAGUUCCAGCUAUGGACGCAAAGCGCAGCCGCAUCCUCAUCUGCGAUCAAAUAGUCCAAGACCACUCGCCGUCUCUCGCAUCUGUUCUUUACGACGUUGACAUGAUGUCACUUUUCAAUGGUAAAGAGCGCUCGCUCUCAGAGUUCCGUCAGAUAUUUGUGAAGGCGGAUCCGAGGCUUUACAUCAAAGACGUGAAGCGGUCACAGGAAUCCGCUACGACUAUGAUAGAGGUUAGAAUCUCAUCUGCACCCACAGCUUGA